UUCUUACCCACUUUUAUCAAUGGUGAUAUACUAUAAAGAUGCUCAGCUGAAUCCUCUGCCCUUCGGACUUCUCAUCCGAUUCUGAUCUCUUCCCUCUUCGCUUUACAGGGGAGGGAAGAACCAGUCUCAACUGACCGAGAUGGAGCACAAAGAGACAGGGUGCCAAGUGCCUCCCGGUGCUCCCAAACUGUGUGCCAACAACUGUGGAUUCUUUGGAAAUGCAGCAACAAUGAACUUUUGCUCUAAGUGCCACAAGGACUAUAUGCUGAAAAAAGAACAAGCGAAGCUUGCUGUGUCAUCCGUUGGGAGCAUUGUUAAUGGCGGUACCACUGACAAAGGCAGCAGCGAACAUCUUCCAAUCGAAGUAGAACUAAAAGUCGGCUCAGCCAAGUCGAUUCUCAUUCCAACACAGGCACCCUGCACUUCAUCUACGAACACAAAGGACGAGGAGAACGCGAGAGGGAGUCCAAACAGGUGCAGCACAUGUAGGAAACGCAUUGGCCUAACGGGGUUCAGUUGCAGGUGCGGAAAUCUCUUCUGUGCAGCCCAUCGCUACUCCAAUAAACACAACUGCGCUUAUGAUUACCGAACCGCUGCUCAGGCUGCUAUAAGAAAAGCCAACCCUAUUGUCAAAGCAGAGAAGCUAGACAAAAUCUGAAAUGAAGGUUCAUGUGCUGCUCUUGUGCUCUCUUUCUUAUCUAUAUCCCAUGAGGCUUUAUAUUAAGUUUGAUCUUAUUGUGUUUUGAGUCUCUUUAUGUUAUGGACAUGUUGAAAGCCAACUCAAAUACUUAUAAAGCUAAUAUAUAUAUAUAUACCACUUUGGCUUCAUUAUCUCA